AUGGACUUGUUUCAAUCUGCCAAAUUCGAUAUCCAGGUCUCAGGCCUCAUGGACCAGCUCCACGUGCCCGGCCUGUCCAUUGCCGUCGUCCACCAAAACAGCACGGCGUCCAAAGCGUUUGGCGUCAUCUCCGUCGCGUCCGCCGAGCCCUGCACCGCCGACUCCCUCUUCGACAUUGCGUCGUCGUCCAAGAUUCUGACCGCAAUCUCAGUCGCUCUUCUCGUCGAGGAUGACCAGCAGCAUCCCAGCAUCACCUUUGACACGCCCGUCUCCCGGAUCCUCCCCGACGACUUUGUCCUGGCUGACACCGAGUAUACCAAGCACGUCACCAUUGACGACAUUCUUGGCCACAGGACCGGUCUGCCCAGUCAUGAUUCUUCCUACUUUGGCGUCAACUCGGAGUGCCCAGACGACGCCCGCUCCGUCACCCGGAACCUACGCAACCUACAGCUCUGCGCACCCAUCCGCAGCCGGUUCAUCUACAGCAACAUCAUGUACACCGUCGCCACGCACCUCGUCGAGACCGUCACCCGCACCCCUUUUUCCGACUUUCUCGAGGCCCGCAUCUUUGCGCCUCUUCGCAUGUCCUCGUCUAGCCUGCAGCCCUCACGGAGCCGCGCGCGCGGCUUCGGCGGGCGCCUCGCCUCCGGCCACAUGUGGGACGCCUCCGCCAACCGCCACCGCGAGUUCCCGCCCCUUGAGUGCCCCGAAGGCCAGGGCGCCGGGUCCAUCAUCACCAGCGCCGCCGACUAUCUCUUGCUCGUCAAGGCCCUGCUUCACCAGCAGGCGCCGCCCGUCUCCAAGCCCGUGUACGCGGCGCUCACCAAGACGCGCUCGCUGCCGAAUCCAGACUCCGCCAACGUGCAGCCGCUGUCGUCGCCGCGGUUCUACUCGGCCGGUCUGAUGAUUGAGUACUACCGUGGCCACGCCAUCAUCGGCCACAACGGCGGCGUGCCGGGCUUUGGCAGCCGCUUCUUCUUUGUACCGAGCCUGCGGCUCGGCGCCGUGCUGCUCGGCAACGCCCUCGAAGCCGCCACCGUGGCCGUCCACCUACAAAAGGCUCUCAUUGACAGCAUCCUGGGGCCUGUGGAAAGCCAAGCAGGAGUCAAUGAGACGGUGCCAAGCAGUCAAGGUCCCUCAAGGACAAACCCCAAGACGAAGGAGGCAGAGCCGCAGCAAAUGCCGCUGACUUCCUACACGGGUCAUUACUGGAACCCGGGAUACCGUGGUCUUCGUGUCGAGAUCCGCGAUGCGCAGCUCUUCAUCGACGCUCGCGAUCGGUCUUUCCCGUCAACGCUGACGCUCCAGCAUGUCUCCGGACAAACAAAGUACCUGGCCUACGCACAGGCGGGAGAGAGCGUGGGCGGCUUGCCAAGCGACGAUGAGCCCGUGCGAGCUGAAUUCGUGUUUGACAAUGACAGAGCCGUCAAGUUUGGUUUGAUCUUGGACCCAGACCUAGAUCUUGUUUGGUUUGACAGGAUUCAUGCGGAAGCUACACCAUAUGUUUUUGUGUAG